CCUCUGUCAUCUGCAGAAACAGAUCCCUGCCUCCUCCACCACCUUCCCCCUUCACCUUCUUCCCCUGGCCCGAAUCCAUCCUCCCCCUUCCCGCCUCUCCCAACCGCCAAAAUGGAGGGCCGCCGCCCUUCUCCUCACGCCGACGACCCCACUUGCGGCGGCGGAGGGGCCAACUCCUCCAUCACGCCCCAAGAACCAGAGGUCUACUCCCCACCUGCCUCUCCUCCCCGCGCGCACCACUCCGGUCAGCCGGGGAGGUCGAUCUUCGUCAACGAGGACACGAGUGGCGGUCCGACCAUUGGCGCCGCCUCGUCCUCCGCCUGGGGACCUGUAGAAGGCCAAGAAUCCAAGAUCACGGACAAGACCGCCGCCCCCUUCCUCUUAGGCCCGCGGCGUCUGAGCAGCCCAACCGGGGGCUCCGACUCGGACUCCGACGACGACGACUGCGACACCUGGGGCGGCUUCAGCGACCGUACACGCGACGGCGCCUCAACGUCGCUGGGCUCUCCAGACGCCUACGACUGCCGGACCUUCUUCGCUGACCCAGCUUUCCAAGAGGAGGCGCAUCACGAGAUUCUUGGACAUUCUUUUUGGAGACAUGAGGAUGCGCCAUGUGAUGAUUUUUCUAUGGUUUUGCAGACAUCGCAGAAUGGCGGCCCCAAAAUUCAUGAAAAGGAGCCUUUAUCAUCUCUAGAGUCUGAGUUUGCAUACGACCCUAUGAAAGAUAAAUCAAAUAAGCUUUUGGCUAAUUACUCUGAAUACCGGAAAGUAGCUGGAGAUGGGAGUUGCUUCUACAGAUCGUUCAUUUAUUCAUAUCUGGAGCUGCUUGUGAAAGUACCUCAUGAGGAGGAACUACGUUUGAUUGGGACACUUGAACCACUGUUGGAGAAGUUCCAAAGACUUGAUUUGCCUGGUUCAUAUUAUCAUGGUCAUGAUGCUUUUGUGAACUUCAUACUGAAAUGUAUGGACCGAAAACAAACUCUAUCAGUAAGUGACUAUGAAGACUGGCUUUUCCAGGAGAGUCAAAAUGAUCAGCUGUUUGCCAAUAUCAUAUCAUAUCUUCGACUGGUGACAGCGAUUCAGAUAUGCACUGAGGUUGAAAAGUUCCGGCAUGCCAUACCUGAGCUUGAUCCAUCAUACCCUGAAGGGUGGUGUCGACAGGAAGUCAUCCCAAUGCACAAAGAUGCAUUUGAAGUCCAUGUUGUCGCCCUCACAGAUGUACUACAAGUGCCCCUCCGAACUGUCAACGUUGACAUUUCAAAGAUUGCAGAGCCAAACACCCACAUCUACGAGUCACCAGAUGCUUCGCCCUCGGUUCCUUGUGUGACGCUGCUGUAUAGGCCAGGGCACUACGAUAUCAUCUACUAGUAGUAUUUGUAGUAAGUCGUAGAUACCAUCAGGACUGAUCAGAGUCACGCGCACGGUUACAUGUAAGGAAACUUCUGGGCUAGGAAAACGCAGCUAUUACUCUUGGUGUGUACUCAUGUUGCACUAUUUCUAUACUUUGUGCAUCCGUACAGAAAUCUAUUAAGCUUUCUUUC